AACCCCUUCCACCAAUCAGGAUGGAUGCUUCAUUAAGACAUCACAGCUGAGUGUAUCAUUCUAAAAAUCUAAAACAGUGAUUAAGAUGUUCUCAUGUCUAUGAUAUGCCCCUUAUUGAUUAGCAUAUAUCGAAUCACCCCUUGUGCGGCCUUUAGUGACUAAAAAUAAUUCAAUCUAGAAUGAACUAGUGUCAGAAUUAAAACCCACUGUGUAUGUAAAAUCACAUUCAUAUUUAAAUAGUGUUAUCUGUUAAAAAAAAUUGCACAUAAAUGCAACAACAAAAAGACCAUCUAAAUUAUCUAGAACAUAUUAUUGUCACUUGCAUACACUAUUAGUUACUGCAAUUAUAUGCCUAAACGCAUUAUGGAAAGGAAUCUGCCAGCACGAACAUUAACCUAAUAUGCUAAAUCUAUAUAAUCAUUUCCAAUAUAAUGUCCAUCAACAUCAAGUUUAACUAGGGGAUAUGUCUUAUAUAUAGCUAGCCAAAGAGUACAUUUCAGUCAGCGCUCUAGGGGCCACUGUAUCAAGGGUCCGCAUCCACUUAGCUUCACACUGCAAUAAUAAUUUAGAUCUAUCUCCACCUCUCCGUGGGGGAGGAAUAUAAUCAAUCAAAACAGCACGCAAAGAAGGCAAGGGAUGUUUACAGGCCAAGAAAUGUGUAGCCAAAGGGGUAUCAGCCUUGCCCCUGGCCAAGGCUGCGCGUAUAACGGAGCGGUGGUUGUUCAGAUGCAUACGGAAUGUCAUUACACAUUUCCCAACAUAGUAGAGACCACAAGGACAGACUAUACAGUAUAUAACAAAAUCAGAGAUGCAGGUCAACCUAUAGGGAAUUUUGUAACGUCUUCCACUAUGUGGAUGAGAGAAAGAUUCACCAGUUAGUAAACAUCCGCAUGUCUUACACCCCACACAUCUGUAGCAGCCAGUUUUCUUAGAUCUGAGCCAUGUCAGCCUUAUCAGUGUGUAGAUCUGUCACCAUUAAAAGGUCCCUAAGGGAUCUGCCCCUGCGAUAUGCACAUAGGGGUGCCUGCAUAUGGGUGAAAGGCAAACUUGCAUCCCUCUGGAGUAUCGGCCAAUGUUUCUUAACUACAGAGUUAAUUCCUGGGCUUGCAGGCGUAUAGUCAGAAACAAACACCAUACUCUCAGCCACUUGUGUCUUCUUUUUACCAAUUGUCUCCUUUUGUAUUGAAAAAUUUGAAGCCCUCUCCAUCUUAGCGUCAAGAAACUCAAGUUGAUAACCCCUCUCAAGGAGGCUAUCCCGCAUCUCUACUGCUUGCUGUUUUGCUGUAACCAAGUCAGUAUUGAUCCUAAACACUCUCAGAAACUGUGUGUAUGGUAUAGUUUUAAGAAUGGAGGGAGAAUGGUAGCUCUGUGCAUACAGGAUCGUAUUACGAUCAGUAUCCUUACAAAAUAAGCUAGUACCCACCCCGUCUGUGGUGCGAAAUAUCCGCACAUCCAGAAAAUCCACAUUAUCCCUAUUAUAAGUAAGGGUAAAUUUAACCGGAGUGGAUAACGCAUUGAGCUCAGCGGCAAACGUUUGGAUACCAACAUGGCCCUCUUGCCAAAUAAUGAAGAUAUCAUCGAUAUCUACAGUAUAAUAAAAGUUGAUCAGUAUAUUUACAAUAGAUGUGUGUUUUUUCAAAAUGAUCCAUAUACAAAUUGGCAUACGAGGGGGCCACGUUGGAUCCCAUUGCCGUGCCAGUCUUCUGCAAAUAAUAAAUCUACUCAAAACGAAAAUAAUUACAAGUCAGCAACAUCUCCAGUAGCAUACACACAAAAUCAAUAGGUGGAUUUCCCUUAUGAUUUCCGCAUAGCGCUUCCCUACAUGCAGCUAUCCCAUCAUCCGUCGGGAUGAUCGUAUAUAAGCUGCAUACAUCCAGCGUGGCAAAUAUAGCAUCAUCUGGUAAAGGACCUAUCUGACCCAGUAUCCCCAAUAGUGAUGUGGUAUCCGCAAUAUAUGAUGACAUCUUAGUGCAUAAAGGUUGUAAAUAGCUAUCCAGAAAUUUAGCCACAUUCGAAAAUAGGGAGCCUCUCGCUGAGAUUAUAGGCUGACUAGGUGGCAUCAUGAGAUGUUUAUGCACCUUAGGGAGCGUGUAUAUUAUAGGCCGUCUUGGAUGUUCAAUCGUAAGAAACUGGAGACACUUUUCACUGAUACAUCCCAUAGUAUAUGCCAUUGCCAAAAGGGUGUCAAGUCGUUUCUUAUACCGUUCAGUUGGAUCAGUGGAGAGUUUCUCAUAGACCACAUCAACAGAUAAUUGUUGUAAAAGUUCCUGUCUAUAGUAUGAUUGUGCUGUCCCUAAUGCCAGUUAUUAUAUUCGUACGUGUUUGGUAUAUUCCUCACCUCCCCUGCUGUUUAAUGUUUGUUAGUUCAACCCACUAGCUGGGGCCCUCACCUGCUGUUCCUUAGUUUCAGUUGCUUUCAGUCAGUUGGAUAGAGCUGCAAAACUACCAGUUCUUACCUAUAGAACCCGUUGAUCUUUUGGUCUUUCUGAAUAUCCCUGGAUUAAAGAACCACCUGAUUAUCAAGCAGUGUUUUAUUGAGUAAACUCUCUGCCAUCAAUAUAUCUCAGCAAAUUUACGCCGUCCAAACGAGCGAGGGUCUCAGGAAGGGUAUCUUCUGCAUAAAUCGUGUUGGUGACAGAAUAGUAAGAACUGAGUAUCAUCCAGCAAGAUCCAUAAUCCAAUCUCUGCAGUCGGAUUAUAAUCUCUGGAGACAUUUGUGAGCCCAUCCACAAUCUACUCCGAGGUAACUCAAACAGCCCUCAAGCCACGUGCCUGCUACACUACAAACUGUAAGUACAGCAGAACCUUCCAGAGAACUGUAUCGUGUAGUGAAGAAUCAGCAUUUUCAGGAUUGUGCAGCGUGAAUCUGCUAUCAAGUUUAUUAUCCCAGCAGCCUUGUGUCUAUGCAUUGCGGGCAAUUAGCCGAUCUGCUAGCAAGUUGUAUUUCUGUGAUAUCUGGGUGCAUGGUGAAGAUCAGUACUGUCUGCUACCUGGUGUAUCCCGGGAUUUUACAAGUGUGUGUUGAACUGUACCGACAUUAAGAGCAGCACAUGUCUAAGAUCCAGCAUCACACAUCUGAGACAUGUGUGGACUAGUCUCAGAGAUCUCUCCUGCGUAGAGUGUGUUUCCCAAUAUCUGACUCUGCAAUCAGCUUAACUGUUUAGCUACCAGCUCUAUAGCCUGAAUUGGAAUGCUGAAGAGCAUCUUGCUAAUUCACUGAGUGAUUUGUCAGAAAUGGAUCCCUCACCAGAAACAGAGGAAUCUAUACCCGUUACUGCUGAAGCAGCUGACAUACUAGAAUCGGAACUGACCGCUAAACGCAGAAUCAAACCAUCUGUUAAACGCAUAGAAACGUAUGAGGCACGAAAGGAUGAAAUUAAUGAUGGUCUGUCUAACCUAUGGAAUAAAACAGAUCACUGCAUAACCGUCGCUGAGGAGACAGGCAAUACUAGACUGCAACUCACUGAUGCACUAAUAAGACUAAAGACUGCUUAUUCUAACUAUAAGAGACUUGCAGAGAAAUAUUCUUCUUUCUUGUCCAAUGCCCGUAUGAAAGAAGCAAUACAAGAGCUGAAUGCCUUUACUAUCAUGGACCAGCAGAGACUAAUUACUUUCCUGCAAACAACAACCAGGCUGGAGACCAGAAUCGCACAGUUACAGGAUAAUGCAUCCAAGGCCUCCACUUCCUCUAGAAGGUCUAAAGGACCAUCUAGAUCACUGCAUUCCGUUUCACAGAAAUCAUCCCUAAGCAGCCAGAUAAUAAGGGCCAGAGCAGAAGCGGAGGCAGCCAAGGUCCAAGCUCAAUGCAUCAAAAGGGAAGCGGCGCUCAAGGCACAUAUAGCAAACACUCAAGCAGAGGCCGCUCGCAAGCAGGCGGAAGCAGAAGCACAGCUGGAAGUCCUCCAGAAGGAAAGAGAGGCAGCAGCAGCCAUCGCAAAACUAAAUGUUCUAGAACAAGCCUUUGAAGAGGAAGAGCUGGAAGUGGAUCGUCCUUGUCUGACAACCCCAGCAGACCCAGUCAUGAGAACUUUACGGUUUGUCUUAGAUCAAGAAGUCAGAGGAACGACCUUUCCUAAAAUCGUAGACCCUGCAUACAUUUCUCCAGGGCAUCGAAUCGAAGAUCUUGUGUUUUGUUCCAGAGAAGCUCAAACAACUGAAUUAGCCAACCCGCACACCCACCAAACUAAAGGGUCCAGUGAACCAGCUUAUGCUACAGGACACACCCUUAGAGAUGAGGGGGAAACAAAACCUACCUCUGGAUCCUAUACAAGGCAGCCUUCAUCUUCUCCAAACACAAAAUCUUUGUCCGGACUAAACCCAUCUGCAGCACCUUUCCCCCCUCCAUACCAACCGUGUGUGCUUGCCACAACUUCUUAGGUUGAAGUACCAGAAGUAAGAGCUCAUAUAAAAACGGAAAGGACUGAUAUGUCUGAAUUCGCCAAAUACAUGAUUCGACGUGAGCUCCUCAUCACUGGACUCACAGAAUUCGACGAUCGUCCAGAGCACUAUAGAAGUUGGAGAGCCACGUUCAGAGCAGCAAUAAAGAACCUGGACAUCGAACCUAUGGGAGAACUUGAUUUGUUAAUCAAAUGGCUUGGGCCUAAAUCAAAAGAACAAGCUCGGUUGCUCAAGUCUGUUAACAUUGAGGCACCAGCCAGAGGACUUAUUCAAGUGUGGGAAAGACUAGAGCGAGAUUAUGGCAGUCCCGAAGUCAUUGAACGUACUUUGCUCAAUAGAGUCUACAACUUUCCAAGCUUUUCCAACAAAGAUAACCGCAAACUCCAAGAGCUAAGUGACUUUCUCCUUGAAUUGGAAACAGCAAAGUCAGACCCACAUCUUCCAGGGCUCUGCUGCCUGGACACUGCUUAUGGAUUGUAUCCAAUCACAGAAAAACUGCCUCAUUAUCUUAAAGAUAAAUGGAAUAUGGUAGGCCAGAGUACAAGUUACUUCAUCGGGUUCUCUUUCCUCCCUUUUCCUUUUUCUGUGAGUUCAUCAGGAAAAUGGCUAUAGCCAAAAAUGACCCAAGUUUCCUACCUCCAGACCAAACCCAAUUUAUUACAGAACCUGCUACGUGGGAUAUGGCAGGACCGCGCAAGGAUCUCAGGAAAACCGUCUCUGUCAGGAAGACUGGGUUUUCCUCCAGUAAGCCAAUAGCCACUCCAGAACCAAGGAAGGGAAAACCUACUGAUCUUGAUCCUAAUCUAUCCUGCCCUAUCCACAACAAACCACAUCCACUAAGAAAGUGUCGUGUGUUCAGAGAAAAGCCCUUUGAGGAGCGAAAGACAUUCUUGAAAGAUCAUAACAUUUGCUAUAGGUGUUGUGCGUCCAGCGAGCAUUUUGCCAAGGACUGUAAAGCCGCUAUUACGUGUUCUGAAUGUAACAGUGACAAACACGUGACAGCCAACCAUUCAAGGCCCAAAAGGCAGGCUCCUUCCAAUGGUGACUUCCACAACUCCUCACGGAAUUACGGCGGGGAGAAUGCUGAGGAACAGACUAAUCCUGUGGCCACCAAGUGUACUGAAGUUUGUGGCAAGGAAUUGUGCGGAAGAUCUUGUGCUAAGAUAUGUCUGGUCAAGGUCGCUCCCGUUGGGCAUCCAGAAAAGGCCGUAAAAAUGUACGCUAUCUUAGAUGACCAGAGCAACAGGUCACUAGCAAGUCCCAAGUUCUUCAAGUGCUUCAACAUCCAAAGCGAAGCUCAUCCCUACACCCUAUGCACAUGCGCUGGCCAAAUGAGUGUAUCAGGGAGGAACGACCUUUCCUAAAAUCGUAGACCCUGCAUACAUUUCUCCAGGGCAUCGAAUCGAAGAUCUUGUGUUUUGUUCCAGAGAAGCUCAAACAACUGAAUUAGCCAACCCGCACACCCACCAAACUAAAGGGUCCAGUGAACCAGCUUAUGCUACAGGACACACCCUUAGAGAUGAGGGGGAAACAAAACCUACCUCUGGAUCCUAUACAAGGCAGCCUUCAUCUUCUCCAAACACAAAAUCUUUGUCCGGACUAAACCCAUCUGCAGCACCUUUCCCCCCUCCAUACCAACCGUGUGUGCUUGCCACAACUUCUUAGGUUGAAGUACCAGAAGUAAGAGCUCAUAUAAAAACGGAAAGGACUGAUAUGUCUGAAUUCGCCAAAUACAUGAUUCGACGUGAGCUCCUCAUCACUGGACUCACAGAAUUCGACGAUCGUCCAGAGCACUAUAGAAGUUGGAGAGCCACGUUCAGAGCAGCAAUAAAGAACCUGGACAUCGAACCUAUGGGAGAACUUGAUUUGUUAAUCAAAUGGCUUGGGCCUAAAUCAAAAGAACAAGCUCGGUUGCUCAAGUCUGUUAACAUUGAGGCACCAGCCAGAGGACUUAUUCAAGUGUGGGAAAGACUAGAGCGAGAUUAUGGCAGUCCCGAAGUCAUUGAACGUACUUUGCUCAAUAGAGUCUACAACUUUCCAAGCUUUUCCAACAAAGAUAACCGCAAACUCCAAGAGCUAAGUGACUUUCUCCUUGAAUUGGAAACAGCAAAGUCAGACCCACAUCUUCCAGGGCUCUGCUGCCUGGACACUGCUUAUGGAUUGUAUCCAAUCACAGAAAAACUGCCUCAUUAUCUUAAAGAUAAAUGGAAUAUGGUAGGCCAGAGUACAAGUUACUUCAUCGGGUUCUCUUUCCUCCCUUUUCCUUUUUCUGUGAGUUCAUCAGGAAAAUGGCUAUAGCCAAAAAUGACCCAAGUUUCCUACCUCCAGACCAAACCCAAUUUAUUACAGAACCUGCUACGUGGGAUAUGGCAGGACCGCGCAAGGAUCUCAGGAAAACCGUCUCUGUCAGGAAGACUGGGUUUUCCUCCAGUAAGCCAAUAGCCACUCCAGAACCAAGGAAGGGAAAACCUACUGAUCUUGAUCCUAAUCUAUCCUGCCCUAUCCACAACAAACCACAUCCACUAAGAAAGUGUCGUGUGUUCAGAGAAAAGCCCUUUGAGGAGCGAAAGACAUUCUUGAAAGAUCAUAACAUUUGCUAUAGGUGUUGUGCGUCCAGCGAGCAUUUUGCCAAGGACUGUAAAGCCGCUAUUACGUGUUCUGAAUGUAACAGUGACAAACACGUGACAGCCAACCAUUCAAGGCCCAAAAGGCAGGCUCCUUCCAAUGGUGACUUCCACAACUCCUCACGGAAUUACGGCGGGGAGAAUGCUGAGGAACAGACUAAUCCUGUGGCCACCAAGUGUACUGAAGUUUGUGGCAAGGAAUUGUGCGGAAGAUCUUGUGCUAAGAUAUGUCUGGUCAAGGUCGCUCCCGUUGGGCAUCCAGAAAAGGCCGUAAAAAUGUACGCUAUCUUAGAUGACCAGAGCAACAGGUCACUAGCAAGUCCCAAGUUCUUCAAGUGCUUCAACAUCCAAAGCGAAGCUCAUCCCUACACCCUAUGCACAUGCGCUGGCCAAAUGAGUGUAUCAGGGAGAACAGCUUGUGGAUUUCAGAUAGCACCUAUUGACAAUGAUGACUACAAACCUCUCCCCACGCUUAUUGAAUGUGCUCAACUGCCAGACAACAGGGAAGAGAUCCCCACUCCAAAUGCUGCACAGCAUCAACCGCAUCUUAAGGGCAUAGCGGACAAGAUACCUGCCCUAGAUGAGAGUGCUGAAAUUCUAAUUCUUUUGGGAAGAGAUAUACCAAGCGUUCACAAGGUGCAAGAACAAACCAGUGGACCAAGUGAUGCCCCUUAUGCCCAGAAGCUUGAGUUGGGCUGGGUUCUAAUUGGUGAAGUUUGCUUAGACAGGGUUAGAAAACCCUAUAAAGUGAAUACCUGCAAAACAAACCUGAUGGAGAACAGAGGUGAGCUCUUUGGGAAAUCAUGCUCAUGUCAUUAUCAGAUAAAACCUAAACCCAACACGAACCUACAGAUCAUAUGUGGAUCAGAAGAGGACAUUUGUUACAAGUCCUUAUCUCCUAACUUCAGUGGCGACGUGUACAACUUCUUGCAAAUCGUUUCUGGGGAAGGUGGAGGAAAGAAUAUGUAUGCCUAUUGCAAGGACGUCGCAAAUGGCAAGAACAGAAACCCAAUUUACAAGAAGGUGAUCUAGUCUUGUUAAAAGAGACUAACCGUAUUGGGUGGCCUAUGGCUGUGAUCACCAAAGCUGUUCCGAGCGAAGAUGGAAAGGUUCGAAAAGUAGAAGUAAAGACUGCCAGAGAUGGAGUUAUGAAGACCUUCUUCAGGCCAAUAACAGAGACUGUCUUACUUCUGCCCCUAGAACAUCUCCGAUGACUUCAAUGACAGAAACCAAGCUGAUAUGGACACUUAGAAAGACUUUUGAAAAGAUUAAGUUCAAUGUUUAUUUUGUGUCUCUUCUCAUUUUGUCUUUCAGGUCCCAAGGAUAAGCCAUCUUUAAUAUGGACAUUAUUUUGUUGUCGCAUAAUAUGCAAUUAUAAUUAUAUAGUGGUAUCUACAGAUACCAGACGGGGAGUGUGCUGUCCCUAAUGCCAGUUAUUAUAUUCGUACGUGUUUGGUAUAUUCCUCACCUCCCCUGCUGUUUAAUGUUUGUUAGUUCAACCCACUAGCUGGGGCCCUCACCUGCUGUUCCUUAGUUUCAGUUGCUUUCAGUCAGUUGGAUAGAGCUGCAAAACUACCAGUUCUUACCUAUAGAACCCGUUGAUCUUUUGGUCUUUCUGAAUAUCCCUGGAUUAAAGAACCACCUGAUUAUCAA